CGGCGGAGCGGGUGGGCGGGGCCCAGCGGAGGGGGCGGUGGCCCCAGCCGGAGAAGGCGGGAGGAGCUAGGCGCAAGGCGGGAGGCGGCGGCCGCGGCGUUCAGUUGGGCAGCGCAGCGGGAGGGAAGCACGAGGCCGAAGCCGGUUGCUGGGCUCCGCAGCGCAAGCAGCGCAGCGCGGCGCCCGGGCCCCGGCCCCAUGCCCGCAGCCCCGCCGGACCGCCCUUGAGCGCGGGCAUCGCGCCCGCGCCCCCUACCCGCCGGCACCAUUGCCCCGACGGCGCGGCCGGGUGGCCCGGCUCUCCCCAGGCUCCGCGCCGGCCGGAAAACGCUGCUGGCAGCUGCCGCGGGCGUGGUGAUGCUGCUCGUGCUGGUGGUGCUCAUCCCGGUGCUGGUGAGCUCGGGCGGCCCGGACGGCCACUAUGAGAUGCUGGGCACCUGCCGCAUGGUGUGCGACCCCUACCCCGCGCGGGGCCCCGGCGCCGGCGCGCGGUCCGACGGCGGCGACGCUCUGAGCGAGCAGAGCGGUGCGCCCCCGCCCUCCACGCUGGUGCAGGGCCCCCAGGGGAAGCCGGGCCGCACCGGCAAGCCGGGCCCCCCCGGGCCUCCAGGGGACCGGGGUCCUCCGGGUCCUGUGGGACCGCCCGGAGAGAAGGGUGAGCCAGGCAAGCCUGGCCCUCCUGGCCUGCCGGGUUCAGGAGGCAGCGGCGCCAUCAGCACGGCCACCUAUACCACGGUGCCACGCGUGGCCUUCUACGCCGGCCUCAAGAACCCUCAUGAGGGUUACGAGGUGCUCAAGUUUGACGACGUGGUCACCAACCUAGGCAACAACUACGAUGCGGCCAGCGGCAAGUUUACAUGCAACAUUCCUGGCACCUACUUUUUCACCUACCACGUCCUCAUGCGCGGCGGCGACGGCACCAGUAUGUGGGCGGACCUCUGCAAGAACGGCCAGGUACGGGCCAGCGCCAUUGCCCAGGAUGCAGACCAGAACUACGACUACGCCAGCAACAGCGUGAUCCUGCACCUGGACGCAGGCGAUGAGGUCUUCAUCAAGCUGGAUGGAGGCAAAGCGCACGGGGGCAACAGCAACAAAUACAGCACUUUCUCUGGCUUCAUCAUCUAUUCAGACUGAGCCCCUGCACCCCUUUCCAUCCGUGGCUCUUCAUCCCUGGGGCUCCCCUCUAGGGAGAGGCAAACAAGAACCCAUUCCCUACUCAUUUCCAAAUUGCCUAGCCCAGGCUGCCGACUCUCCCAGGCUGAAUCGCCCCUAGCCCGCCUCCACCACCUAGUCCAGGCCUUUACUUCUUGGAGCGCAAAGCUCCCCGUCGUCCCCCACCCCCACCCCUCCCCACCCGCACGCAGUUCCGGCCGAGGUGGCAGGUUGCCUUCCUGGUCCCAGCCUGCACUGUAUAUGUGUACAAUAGGACUGUUUACUGCCCACCCCCUCCUGCCAGCCAGCCCCAGUCUGGGGGCGGGGGCGGGGAGUUGGCGCGGUUGCUUCCUGAGGGGUGACCCCCCCACCUGGGGGAGGAGCGGGUUAGGGGCUGGAUAACAUCCCAGCACCCACAAAACCCUGGAACAGCUGCAACUGGUCUGACCAAAGCUAUAAUAAAAAACAUUUCCACCC